CCCCCUUUUGGGAUUAUCCUUCCUUUUUCCUAUAGUUCUGUGAGCUUUUGCAUGAAAGAAAAAGUGUGUAUGUGCCUCUGUGUGUGUGGGAAACACACACACAGAGAGACUGGCCAGACUUGAAUUAAAAGAUGACUUUUUCCUCAGUUGUCGGUUUCCUUGCCUGUCAGCAAAGCGGCUGGUAAGUGGAAGAACACGAGAAGGGGAGGGCAUUUGUGGGUGUGUGUCACCAAAAGAGAGCGAGGGAGUGAGAUUCAGUCCUGGAAGGAAUGAGGACUGCCUUUCAUAGCAGAGAGCAAGGAAGACGCAGGGUCCAGCAAAUAGCAAGGCGUAUAAUUGGGAUCUGUAUAUCUGCCAAUACUUUCGGGCCUCCCAUCCAGGCAGCUUAAUUGUCAGCAAGGGUUUUCUGCUCCACCCUCCCUCACUGUGGUAAAGAUCAUUCAAGCUGGUAUUACUGCUUGUGUCUUUGGCUUAUAAAAAUAAAAAUAAAAAUCUGUGGUUGCAUUCAAUCUGGAGAUCAGCCUGUAAUCCCGUCCAUUACUCUGAGGAGCAUGGCAUUCCCCCACGACUACUCUCAGUGCACACCUGGAAUUCUUGCCGGUUGCACACGCUCCUUCUAAUCAAAGUGUGGAACAAGGGGGGGGGCAGGAGUACUGAGAGGCAGGAAAAAAUGUUUGCUGCUUUUGAUCAGUGUUGAAAAAAAGAACCCCCACAACCAACGUGGAUCGUGUGCAUGUUUCUGGGGACGCAUCCAUUUUUUCUAAGCUUUAACCAAGUGAACCACAUUGAGCGAUGGAGUCUCCGACAAAGGAAAUAGAAGAAUUUGAGAGCAACUCUUUGAAGUACCUGCAACCGGAACAAAUAGAGAAGAUAUGGCUUCGUCUCAGAGGACUGAGAAAAUACAAGAAAACAUCACAGAGGUUACGAUCCUUGGUAAAGCAACUUGAGAGAGGAGAGGCAUCUGUUGUUGAUUUAAAAAAGAACUUGGAAUAUGCAGCUACCGUCCUUGAAUCAGUGUACAUUGAUGAAACCAGGCGUCUGUUGGAUACAGAAGAUGAGCUCAGUGAUAUCCAGUCAGAUUCUGUGCCCUCUGAGGUACGGGACUGGCUGGCUUCCACCUUCACGCGGCAGAUGGGGAUGAUGCUGAAAAGGACUGAGGAAAAACCACGUUUCAGAAGCAUUGUCCAUGCGGUACAAGCUGGAAUAUUUGUGGAAAGAAUGUACAGGCGAACAUCUAAUAUGGUUGGACUUAGCUAUCCACCAGCUGUAAUUGCAGUGCUAAAGAAUGUUGACAAGUGGUCCUUUGAUGUAUUUGCACUAAAUGAUGCUAGUGGGGAACACGCACUGAAAUUCAUUUUCUAUGAAUUGCUCACCCGCUAUGAUCUGAUCAGCCGUUUCAAGAUUCCAAUUUCUGCCCUUGUCUCCUUUGUGGAAGCCUUGGAAGUUGGCUACAGCAAGCAUAAAAAUCCCUACCACAAUCUCAUGCAUGCUGCAGAUGUCACACAGACAGUUCAUUACCUCCUUUUUAAGACGGGUGUAGUACACUGGUUGACAGAGCUGGAAAUUUUUGCUAUGAUCUUUGCAGCUGCCAUCCAUGACUAUGAGCACACUGGAACCACCAACAACUUUCAUAUUCAGACAAGGUCAGAUACAGCCAUUCUUUAUAAUGAUCGUUCUGUGCUAGAAAAUCAUCACCUUUGUGCAGCAUUUCGCCUUUUGCAAGAUGAUGAGGAGAUGAACAUUUUGUCUAACCUCUCAAAGGAUGAUUGGAGGGAAUUCAGGACUCUGGUGAUCGAGAUGGUGCUGGCUACAGAUAUGUCUUGUCACUUCCAGCAAAUCAAAGCCAUGAAGAAUGCAUUGCAGCAGCCAGAAGGAAUCGACAAACCAAAAGCCUUAUCACUGAUGUUGCAUACAGCUGACAUCAGUCAUCCUGCCAAGGCAUGGGAUCUCCAUCAUCGCUGGACCAUGUCAUUACUAGAAGAGUUUUUCAGACAGGGUGACAAAGAAGCCGAACUAGGGCUUCCUUUUUCCCCGCUAUGUGACCGCAAAUCCACCAUGGUUCCUCAGUCUCAAAUAGGUUUUAUUGAUUUUAUUGUGGAGCCCACCUUCACUGUGCUGUCUGACAUGACAGAGAAGAUUGUAACACCUCUCAUUGAAGAAGCCUCUCACUCUGGCAUGACAGGGUUUAGGCGUUCCAGUCUGAAUAGCAUUAGCCCCUCAGAAGUUAAACGAUCAAGUGUCAAGAGCACUGGAUCCGAAGGAAGUGCCUCACUCAAUUGUUCCAUCCUCACUGUGGACUUCAAAUGCUUUAAAACCACGUGGACUGAGCUGGUGCAACAAAACCGAGAAAAGUGGAAAGCACAAGCAACCAAAGAAGAAAAAACAAAAAAAGAAACAGAGGAAAAUGCUCAGCAGGGUUCAGAUGAGAAGAAACCAGAAGAAAGAGAAGGGAAAAAGCAAGCUGAAGAAAGCUCUGCUACCAAAACUGACAAGAGUAAAGAAGGAAAUUCAAGUGGGAGUAAGAGCACAGAAGCCAAUAAAAGCAAUGUAAAUGGGACUCAUCAAACUGGUGACAACAAACACGAAGCUUCUCAAGGGAAAAAUAUCACUCAGGUGGAAAAGGAGUCAGAGUCCAAUCCAACAGCAGGACAGCAGAAACAGCAAGUACAGAAUGGUUCAAACCAACAUAUGAAAACUGCACCAGUUCCAGAGUCCACAAAUCGGCUUACUUUGCCAGUCAUCAAACCUCCAAUACACCAUCCCAAGCAACCAAACUUUGUCUCAACAAGCAUCACUUUACCACCCUUCCAUAAGAAAACGGAGGAUUCUUUAAUGAAAUACAAACUGCUUGACCAGAGAGGCAGAAUGAAGAAGAUUCAGCAUAUUUCUCAUCAUUGGAAUCGGAAAUAGAUCACCAGUUAUUAUUAGAAGGCAUGUUGAAAGCAAAGUAAUAACUGGACAAUGAAACAAACAAGUAUGUAAUAUAACAAAUGCAAUGGGUAAAUCCUGUAGACAUAUUGGCUUCUGACUGACAAAUAUGCUGGGUGUAGAGUUGCACCAAAUCCCACAAUCUGGUUCACACAAAAACUGAAAAGGACAAAACCUCUGGAUUUGCAUUCAGGGCUGUUUGCCAAGCAUGAUAAUUUCAUUAUGAAUUGUAUCACAAAAAUGUCUCGUCAUUCAUGACUGAGGAGCCAACGAUUUGUAAAGGCAAAGCCUGUGAAAAUUAUUUUCUUAAAAUAAUAUUAUGCCCAGAAUUCUCCAAGGAGAAUUAUCCAGGGAGAAUUCUGUGAAUUGUAGUUCCAAGUUCUGGGGAAAGGACAUUAUUUAUUUAUUUAUUUCAAUACCACACAACAUAAAUUGCUGCCUUCAGUUACAUGCAAUACAUAAAUAGAGGAGGGAGCAAAAAACAGAUACCUUUUCAAAUAAGCAGGCCAUCACACAAUCUUGAAUGCAUGAUCACUGUAUUUCAUUAUAUAAUAGUCACCACCACAUAUAAGUCGCACACCCAU